CACUUCCCCUAUCGCCGUAGUCUUCUCCGGUCACCGCUGCACAACCCCCAAAUCUUCUUCCGCCAUUCACUCCGCCGCUUCAACUUCCUCCACAUUACCAGCACAGUUCCUUAGGAUCUAGACUCCAAUUUCCGCUCUUCAUGCUCUUCUCCACUUUUGAUUAUUAGGGUUUUCUUUUGCCUGCUGCUUUCUUUCUCACUUCCCUUGGCGUAUUUCAUUCCUAGAAGCUGCAAUUUGAGGCUAUAACCUUUGCACAUUUUCCUGCAUGCUUGCUAUGGACCAUAUGUUGCGAUUGGAAAUGAUUCAAUUGAAUUACUCUUGAAAUUGAUCCUUAAAUUUUCUAUUCAAUGGCUCGGAAGGGUAAUCAUCAGAAAACAGGGUCAGAGCGCCAUGCAUCAAACAGUAAAAAGAAAGGUUCAGACUUGCAGUCCAAGGUGCAAGGAAGAGUACAAGAGAUAAAGGUACGUUCUGGAGAGGAACUGCCAAAUGAAAACCACUAUAGCAGAUCCAUUGAAGAAGGCAUGGUGAAUAGUGACACCGGAGAGGGUAUAAAGAAUGUAAAAAAUUCUGCAAAGUCUUUGAGAAAAGAAAAACAAGGAACGGAAGAACUCCAUACUCCAGACGAGCCAACAUUUCCCUCCAAAGAAUUUGAAAACUGCAAUGGAGAUAAUGAGGGUUCUAGAAUAGGAGAACGAUACAAGGGGUCUACUGGUGAUAGGGAGCGGGUACAUUUAGAUUGUAGCUAUAGAGAACGCAUCAGAAAUGUGGUGGACAAUAUCAAAUUUUCAGAUAAUAUUUUGGUGAAAAGUUUUGUGGAAUUUUUGUCAUCAACAUUUGAAGCAGCCCAUGUGUUUCUGGAGAAACAGAGACCUCUGUUUAAUUCUAUGAAGAAAAGUUUACUGAAUACAAGUGACUGUGUUGGAAAGAAGAUUAAGAAGGCAUAUCCCAUUGUUCUGAAGUGGAUGAUGCAUUUUGGUAACAUAAUGCUUCUCAUAUCAAUUGUAUGGUUGGACUGUGCCUUUAGGGGCAUUGAUUCCUUUAUACGUAUGGGGACAACAUCCUUCUUUUCAGUUAUAUGGUUCUCCAUUCUUUCAACUAUUGCAAUGGUUGGACUUCUUAAAUUCCUUGUGGUCUUGGUAAUAGCUGCUUCCCUUGGAAUUUUUGUUGGGUCUGCCUUUGCAAUUUUUGUCGUCGCCAUCUCUGGAAUAGCUUUCCUUUGGUUUUAUGGAAACUUUUGGACAACAUUGCUGAUCAUAUCUCUUGGAGGGUUGGCAUUUAUAUUGAGCCAUGAAAGAGUUGCACUUUUUAUCACCACUUUGUAUUCGGUAUAUUGUGGAUGGGUAGGCACUGGAUGGCUUGGUUUGCUUUUGGGCCUGAAUUUGUCGUUUAUUUCAAGUGAUGCUCUUAUUUAUGUCCUAAAGAACAACAUGAAUGAGCAUAGGAGAUCAAACAGAUAUCCUGAACAAGCAGCUGGGAUGCAAGAUCAGCCUGGCUUCUUUCAGGAUGAUCCUAUGCAGGCAUCGUCUUCUGAAUUCAGUGCAGGUUUUGCUGCUGAUCGUAGUUCAGGCACACCUUCAACCAGUGGAGCUGAUUCUGAGCUAUCUUCUGAAGAUGAAGUCAUUCGUUUGCUGAAUUGUACAGAUUAUUAUGCAGUUUUAGGAUUGUCUCGGUUUGAGGAUAUAGUUCCUUCCCUGCUCAAGAAGGAAUAUAGGAAAAAGGCAAUGUUGGUCCAUCCUGAUAAAAAUAUGGGCAAUGAAAAGGCUGCUGAAGCAUUUAAGAAGCUUCAAAAUGCAUACGAGGUUUUACUUGAUUCAUUAAAGCGAAAAAACUAUGAUGAUGGACUGAGAAGGGAAGAGUUGCUAAAUGUUUUCCGCAGGUUUCAAAGUGCUUCACAGAAGAGUGGAGGGAUUGGUCCAUUUGCAUCUUCACGAUCAGCCACAGAUAGAGAGGAUCUUUCAGGUGAAUCAAGACGAAUAGCCUGUAAAAAAUGCAACAAUUUUCACUUAUGGAUUCACACUAGGAAAUUGAAAUCUCAAGCAAGAUGGUGCCAGGAAUGCAAAGAUUUUCAUCAAGCAAAGGAUGGGGAUGGGUGGGUGGAGCAAUCUUCUCAGCCUUUUCUCUUUGGAUUACUGCAGAAGGUAGAUGCUCCUUCUGCAUAUGUAUGUGCAGAGAGCAGAAUCUAUGAUGCUACCGAAUGGUAUAUUUGUCAGGGAAUGAGAUGUCCAGCCAACACGCACAGGCCAAGUUUUCAUGUAAACACCACUACCAGUGUAGCCUCUAAGCAAAACACCAGUAGAGGAUCAAGUUCUAGCCAAAGAGGAGGCCAAAUGCCUCCAUCAAAUAUAGAAGAGAACAUGAUGAACAUGACAGAAGAAGAGUUAUUUGAGUGGUUUCAGAAUGCUGUUCUAACAGGUGUGUUCGACAAUGGUGGUGGCAGUGCCACGGAGAGCCCGUCGGCAAAAGCAGGAGGAAGUUUUAACAAGAGUAGCAGCAACAGUGGGAGUGGCAACAAGAAAAAGAAAAAGGGAAAGAAGCAAUGGUGAUAUUGAUGUUGAGACCAUAGUUGAUUAUAGUAAUUUUGAAGUGUAUGGUAGUAAUUCAACAGCCGGAUCAGGUAAGUAAGUUCAUUAAAUAUACAAGGUAGCACCCAUCAUAGGAAAUUUCAAAAUGAAUGGUGCAGAGAUAGGAGAGCUGGCAUCAAGAGUUUGUAUAUAGCGUUUUAACUGUCGUAAAAUGGCUGGACUUCCCUAAGUUAAAACAGGUUGGAAAUGUAUCCAAGAACCCUUAGAUAUUGCACUAACCUUAAUUAUGAGGAAUUAUUUGGAAGAUAGCCUCCAAAUAUGGCUGCUUCGUCCAUUGCCCA